ACUGUCUGAAAAAGAUAUAAGAAAUUGCACCUCUUACAAUACAUCCAGUCUCCACCUGAAGGCUUCUGAAUAACAAAUAUGUGAACAUCAUUAGCUGUAUCUGCCCUAUAGCCUGCAUGUUGUUAUCUAUUGCUCUGUUUAUGUUGUCAUCUAUUGUUUUGGUUACUGUAUUUGUUUUAGCUUUGAGCCAGCCUGAUGGCUAAUGUCUAGUUUUUAGUGAUGAAUGACUCUGUUUGCUUUGUAGUUUUAACAGCCCCCCCACCCCACCCCCAGAUAUGAUAAUGACUCGUAAAACAUCAUACCAAAAUGACUACCAGCUGGCUAACACUGGCACAUUUACUAUUAUUUUGAUUAAUGCAAUGUCCUUUUAAAAUAAAUAGAAAGAGAAUAAAUGAAAGUGAUGUGGUACAGUUGUGGCGUGGCCUAAUGGACCUUUCCACUACACGGGAUCUGCAGUUGCUGCGCUUUUCUUUUUGUUGUUUUAGUCACUCAGUCAGUUUUAAAUGAUCAAAACCAGGGGUGAAAAGCAGAGUGAAGAAAAAUCAACAGUGGCAGUAGAAAACCCCAAUAAACCUCCUGGAGACAGAAAAUACAUACUAGGGCCGCCAUAACGCAACAUUAUAGAUCACAGGGAAAAAAAAUCAGAGAGGCCUUUACAGUCUUUGUGCCCUGCAGGAAAUGCACACACGCAAGGCAAGGGACACAUCCAUAAUGUUAGUUGUUUCCGUUUUUAUAAACUGUCUUUAACCCUUUUAUUGUGUUACCAGCAUUGCGUUUGCAAGUUAAAAUGUAUGAAAAGUACAAAACUGAAGGUGGUGGUAUAUACAGUCAGAGGGCGGCACUAAUACAAUACCGACCGUAUCAGUCGCAGUAAAACGUCAGACCGAAGGAGAAGAAGUCGGCCACGCCCCUCCACCUGGCUCCGGCGGCUCGUAGUUAGCGGCUAACGGAGAAAUGGACGGAGUUCUGAGCAACGCCUUCCCGGCUGGAGAGGAAAGCGACAGCAGUAAUGACGAGUGGGACAUCGGGACUUUUUCCGAUAAAAAGUCUCAUUGCAAUAAGGACUCUGAUGCUGUCGUACCACAUGCGGAAGAUAAUGUGUCAUUGCUGAAGAGGGCCAUCAAUGAAGGAGACACUGGAACUGUUGAACGACUAUUAGACAGUGGCAUGGAUGUUGAGACCAGACUUGGCUUUGAAUGGACUCUCCUGAUGUGUGCAGUCAGUGUGGCUAACUAUGACGUAGCCAAACUGCUGCUGGACAGAGGGGCCAGUGCCAGUUUCAGCAAAGAUCAGUGCACGGUUCUCAUGGCCAGCUGCAUGGCAUCUGCCAGCGAAGACAAAAUUGCACGCUGUGUGGAGCUUCUGCUGUCCAGAAACGCUGAUCCCAACAUGGUGGACAGGUCUCAAAUGACCUGUUUAAUGCUCGCAGCCAGGGACGGCCACAGUAAAGUCAUCAACAUACUGGUGUCUCAUGGUGCAGAAAUCAACUUCCAGACUCCCAGCGGAUACACAGCUUUGUCUGUAGCAGUGCAGUAUGGCAGAGAGGAGGCAGUGCUGAAGCUUCUCCAGUUGGGAGCAGACAAAACCAUAAGGACAAAGGGUGGCAAGAGUCCUGCUGAUCUGGCUGAGAUCUUCAACCACCCACAGAUAGCAAGGCUCCUGACCUCUCCAACAAACGUUCCUCCAAUGGGUGCAACGGCCAAGAUUGACACCCUCACUAAGUUUUCUGAACCCCUGCCUUCCAAAGAAAGUGUAACCGGGCUUGAUGACUUUAAGCUUCUCCUAGAAGGCCUCGAUCUUGGCUACGUUGCUGACAUCUUGACUGAAAAUGACAGCACCUGGAGUUACCUGUUGACCCUGGAGAAGGAGGACCUUGAGAAGAUUGGUCUCACAGACCCAGAGGACCAGCAGAAGCUCCUGAGUGCUGUGCAGCAGAUGAAUCCUGACAAAGUGGACCUUGACGCAUUCAGCCAACUGGAGGUAUCCGACACUGGGAGUGAAGAGCUAACAAACUUCCUCAUAAGUGUGAGUCAGCAGUUCUGCUACUUGACGGAGGCAAUUCAGGACGUCAUCCGCCAUUUUCCCAGCCAUCCGUCUCAGCUGGUCUUCUCACUAGACCCCAAGAAGGAGGGCCAGGCUGUCUGCAACCAACUAAUGGUCCAGACUAAAGACCUGCAGAAGGAAGUCAUCUGCCUCCGCAAUCUACUAUUCCAGAUGGAUGAAGCCAAAGAUAAUUGUCAGCCUCCUCAACCUGCAUCCUCCAGAAACAGGAGGAUGGGGUACCUGACCACAGUUGCUCUGGGCACGCUGGGAGCCGGCGUCCUCAUACUACUGUACAAAACAACCAGUGGAAAGGUUUACAUGCUGUGAACCUCAUCAUAGCAUUUUGUGUUUGAAUGUUUUCUGUUAUAAAAGUUAUAAUGGGCUAAUAUGUUUUAGAGUUUUGACAAAAGACACUUAUUUUUGAUUCAGUGUCAUUUUGUUCCCAAGUUAUAAUUUCUUUUGGGAAGCGUUUGUCGUGUACAGUCAAACUAAGAUUAAAAUGUGCACAUUUUUGUUUGAACAGA